CUUCUCUAAUGCCUCUACAGGUAUCAAUUUAACGAUGGCAAGGCUUGUGCGGAGUUUCAGGAAAAUAAUAGACAGCCGCCUGCGCCAUGGACCGUCUCCAAGCCAGACGAGGACGUACCUCACGCAGUCGCAGAGAAGGAAAGCGACAACAGCAAGCGUCCCCAAGCUGAGCUUCCCUCUUAUUGAUCACCAUUAUGAUGCUAUCGUGGUUGGGGCUGGGGGUGCCGGGUUGAGAGCUGCGGUUGGAUUGGCUGAAUCUGGGCUGGAGACGGCAUGUAUCAGCAAGCUGUUUCCAACCCGUUCACAUACCGUUGCUGCUCAAGGAGGCAUAAAUGCCGCUCUGGGCAACAUGACUGAAGAUGAUUGGAGAUGGCACAUGCACGACACCGUAAAAGGCAGCGACUGGCUCGGCGACCAAGACGCAAUCCACUACAUGACCCGCGAAGCCUCCAAAGCAGUCUACGAGCUCGAAAACUAUGGCAUGGCAUUCUCUCGGACUUCAGAAGGAAAAAUCUACCAACGUGCUCUCGGUGGCCAAUCUCUCAAAUUCGGAGAAGGUGGCCAAGCCUACCGAACUGCCUGUGCGGAAGAUAGAACCGGCCAUGCUAUGUUGCAUACACUGUAUGGACAGAGCUUGAAACAUAAAACUAACUUCUUUAUUGAGUAUUUUGCAUUGGAUUUGUUGAUGGUUGAUGGUGCUUGCGCGGGUGUGUUGUGUUUGAGCAUGGAAGAUGGGACGUUGCAUCGCAUGUUUGCGAGAAAUACAGUACUGGCGACAGGUGGUUAUGGAAGGGCUUACUUUUCGUGCACUUCAGCGCAUACGUCGACAGGAGAUGGCAAUGCUAUGGUUGCGAGAGCGGGGCUGCCGAAUCAGGAUAUGGAGUUCGUGCAGUUUCAUCCCUCCGGGAUUUAUGGUGCUGGGGUGCUGAUCACCGAGGGAGCGAGGGGAGAGGGAGGGUACUUGUUGAAUGGGAAUGGAGAGAGGUUUAUGGAACGGUAUGCCCCGACUGCCAAGGACCUUGCUUCGAGGGACGUGGUCUCGAGAUCAAUGAAUAUGGAAAUCAAGGAGGGACGGGGAUGUGGGCCGGAGAAGGACCACAUACAUCUCCAGCUAUCUCACUUACCAGCGGAAGUGAUUCAUGAGAGAUUGCCGGGAAUUGCAGAAACAGCGAACAUCUUCUCGGGUAUUGACAUAACGAGAGAACCGAUUCCAGUUCUCCCAACUGUGCACUAUUGCAUGGGAGGUAUACCGACAAACUAUAAAGGUCAGGUUCUAUCCGUGGCAGAGGAUGGGAAGGAGAGGAUCGUCGACGGCCUGUAUGCCGCUGGUGAAUCAGCUUGCGUCUCAGUUCACGGCGCGAAUCGGCUGGGAGCAAAUUCUCUCCUCGACAUCGUCGUCUUCGGUCGAGCAUCUGCGUUGCACAUCGCCGAAAAUAACGAAAAAGGGGCUUCUCACCUAAAAGUCCCAGAUGACAUUGGGAAGGAAUCCCUGGGUGACCUGGAACGAAUACGAACUGCUUCAGGCGAUAUCCCGAGUGCGAAGCUACGACUAGACAUGCAGAAAGCAAUGCAGACGGACGUAGCUGUGUUCCGAACAGAAGAUUCGCUAGCAGCCGGAAACUUGGCAGUACAGCAAGUAGAGAGAGAUUUUGCAGAUCGACUGAGUGUCACGGAUCGGAGUUUGAUAUGGAACAGCGAUCUGAUAGAGACGCUGGAAAUGAGGAAUCUAUUGACGUGCGCCAGUCAAACGGCAAAGAGCGCGUUGGCUAGGACAGAAAGCAGGGGAAGUCAUGCAAGGGAAGACUUCCCGGAACGAGAUGAUGGGACGUGGAUGAAGCAUACUUUGAGUUGGCAAAAGGAAGGGGAGGAUGUGAGAAUUGGGUAUAGACCAGUUGUGAUGACAACUUUAGAUGAGACGGAAUGUGCGACUGUGCCUCCGAAGAAGAGAUCAUAUUAGAAAUCAAUGCAAUUUAGACUGUAGAUUUGGCUUUGACCAUUCAAAGGGUCAGCACGUUCUGCC